UUUAAUCAAACGUUUAUUUUUUCUGAAUUAUUUGACUUCGAAAAUGGGAAAACAAACAAUUAAUUCCACAACUCGCCAACCUCUUAAUGGGGGACUUGGAGGUGGCCGUACUCAUCAAAGAAUCCGUAUUGGAUUUUCGGAUUUGGAGCCGUUAUGGAAUGCUGAAGAUGAUAAAUACAAAGUUUUUUGUCGCUCAGUUCAUGUCUCAAAAGCAGCUUUGUAUGUUAGCUAUGUUCAGUUGGUUGCGGCAUUUAUGGGCUCUAUUCUCUUUGCUUACAACUAUAUGAUGAUUGCUAGCGUACAAACACCUUCAGCUGAUUCUUGGGUGGGAUCAGUUAACAAUCGCUAUAUGUCUCAAUUAAUGAUGGCCGUUACUUUGCACGUUUUGCUUCUUGUUGUGCUCAUUCACGGAAUUAAAACUGAGCGGAAGUCUUUGCUUAUGCCAUAUAUUGUUUACGCUGCAAUUACUGUGCUUACUGGACUUGUUGGGAUUGUCAAUGACAUUUUCUACCUUGACUCGCAUAUAAUGCAAGAUGGAGAAACAAAUUCUAUCGUUAGAAGUCAACUCCGUCGUCAUUUUCUCGCAACAAUAGUUCAAGCUUGGUUCCUUUCCAUCAUUUGGCGUUGUUAUGGAUACCUUGGUGAUAAGAAGGUAGCUCGUCAAAUUCGUGAUCAAAUGUGCAGCACCGCUAGUGCAUUCCGAUAUCCCGAGAAUUUGAUGUGCAGUGGAUAUGCUCUUAUGCAACAACCACCUCCAUAUGCUGACACAGUAAUGAGCCCUUCUGCAACAAUUCCCCCACCUGUUUAUAUUGGACCGAUUGGUAGUGGAAUUGAAAAGCCUGUCGCUAAAUCACCUAGCCAGACUACCACAACAACCACUGAACUUGCGACUGAAGCUAAAGAGGAAGAGGAAAAGUAA